UUCGUCACCAUUGAAGCUAAAGUCAAAGGCCGCUUGGAAACGGUUUGCAAGGAGUUGGUCAGUGAGGAUUAAGCCGAAACUCGGUUAUACAUUUCUUUAAAAGCAAAACAGCAAGCCUUACAUUAAAGUUUUGCAACAGUUUGUUUGUGGUGCUUCUUUAGUAGCGAUGGAGGGGAAAUAAUCGCUUUAAUAAUACAUCUGUUGGAAUCUUGGAAGAUUUUUUUCAUCGCUUGGGGUUUUCAGGAUUAAGCUAGCCAGCUAGUCUCAAGGUGCUAGCUCGCUAGCUUUGCUUGGUGUGACUGUGGACUGAAAUGGGUGCCGUUCUUGUCGGAUGUCCCUGGACGGCAGCUUACUGAGAAGGCCCCAAAUGGGAAAAACAAGCAUCGGAGAGGAAUGUGAAGUAUAAACUUGUAGAUGUAGUUCAUUUUUGACCGAAGGAUUCCUUGGACUUCACCUCUGCAGUCGUGUGUUUUUAUCUGGAUUUUAACCUUUCCCCCUCUGAAGACGACCAUGGAAUCGACGGUCGAUGACGACGCGAUGGCAGCGUGAAUGAGGCUUGGCGUGGCAAUAGCUGAACGAUGCCCAAGGGUGGGGGUUCUAAAACCCCCCAGCUGGAAGACUUCCCACUCGGCACCGAUAUGGUGGAGAAGCAGGGCGGGAAAAAGGAUAAAGAUAAAGUCUCGUUGAACAAGACUCCCAAAGCAGACCGCGGCGAUGGGGUCAAGGAGAUGAAGGACAAAGCUCCUAAGCGCAAGCUUCCCUUCACCGUAGGAGCCAAUGGAGACACGAAAGACUCAGACUCAGAAAAACAAGGUCCGGAGCGGAAGCGUGUUAAAAAGGAGCCCACCAACACAAGGAAGCCCAGCCUACCCUUUGGGAUGGGCAAGCCAGGGAUCCGGGCUGGGUACCCCCUCUCAGAACGACAGCAGGUGGCCCUGCUCAUGCAGAUGACUGCCGAGGAGUCAGUCAACAGUCCAGACACCACACCAAAGCACCAGUCGCAGUCCAGUGGGGGCCAGAAGGGAACGCCAAACUCUGCCUCUAAAACCAAAGACAAAGUGAACAAGAGGAACGAGCGGGGCGAGACGCGGCUGCACCGGGCCGCCAUCCGAGGGGAGGCGCGCCGCAUCAAGGAGCUCAUCAAAGAGGGAGCUGACGUGAAUGUAAAAGACUUUGCAGGCUGGACUGCACUGCAUGAAGCAUGCAACAGGGGCUACUAUGAAGUGGCCAAGCAGCUGCUGGCAGCCGGCGCAGAAGUCAACACCAAGGGUGGAGAUGACGACACCCCUCUGCAUGACGCAUCCAACAAUGGGCACUUCAAAGUGGUGAAGUUACUGUUGCGAUAUGGAGGUGAUCCUUGUCAAAGCAACAGGAAAGGUGAAACGCCGUUGAAGGUGGCAAACUCCCCAACUAUGCUCAAUCUCUUGCUGGGAAAAGGCACUUACACCUCCAGUGAAGAGAGCUCUUCUGAAUCCUCGGAGGAAGAGGAUGCUCCUUCGUUUGCCCCAUCGAGCUCUGUUGACGGCAAUAACACAGACUCAGAGUUUGAGAAGGGCAUGAAGCUGAAAGGGAAGAGCCUCGAUCCUCCCAAGUCAACAACCACCACACCCAUCAAGGAUGAAUACGAGUUUGAUGAGGAUGAUGAGGAGGAGCGCGUCCCGCCUGUCGACGACAAGCACCUACUCAAAAAGGACUUCCGCAAGGAACCUGUCGGCAAGCCCAACAGCUUAACCGCGAUACCCAAGACGGAGGUCAAAACCUAUUCCAAAACCAACUCGCUAACACCAAAGAAGACUGCGCGUCGCAUCAUGUCAGACAGCAACAGCUCAGACGAAGACGACCGCACUUUGUGUUUCACCCCCACACCCACGCAGCGUCAGACGACGCCGGCCACCAAUGCCAAAAGCCGGGACUCAGCUGCGCUCAGCUCCAAGCAACAGCAGAAGGAAAAGAGCAAAGUUAAAAAGAAGAGAAAGAAGGAGACCAAGAGCAACGCCAGCAAGGAGGUGCGGUUUGGCAAAGUGAACGACAAGUUCUGUACCUCAGAUUCAGAGAUUGGAGACUUGGAGAGCGAGGACGACAAGGGCUCUUUGCAGAGCUCGAACUGUUUAAAGGACUCUACUGCCCUGAGCCUUAAAGAGUCGUCCCUUUUCAGCUCGCUCUCCGCCUCCUCCUCAUCCUCCUCGCACGGGAGCAUAAGUUCGCAGAAGCUGACACAGUCUCUAGCUGAGCAGCAUCCGAAACAGUGGAGGACUGAUGGCUGGAAGACGGUAUCCUCGCCAGCAUGGUCUGAUGUCAGCUCGCUUUCAGACUCUGUCAGAGAGAGGCUCUCCAGCGAGUCGGAUUACUCCUCUGCGGACUCGAGUGUGGAGUCUGUAAAACAGGUGAAAAAGAAAGUCCCGGACAGUAAAAAGAAAAACAAUGCACACGCCAGUGUGAUAGACAAGAAGAGUUCAGACUUUUAUAAGACCUCCAACACGGAUGGAACAGUCUCAAAAGCAGACAAAGACGGCAAAGUGUUAAAGAAGCAUAAAGUGAAACACAAACAUAAAAACAAAGAGAAGGAGAAAGCCCCCAGUCUUGUGCUUAAUCAAGACAUGAAUGAAAAGUUUGUCAAGAGUUUUUCCUUUGACUUUGACGAUUCUCGGCAAAAGUCACUCAUUGUUGAGGCAGAGUCUACGUCUGAGAAUAAGGUGAAGCUUUCUAAACAUGAUAAAGACCAUUUUAAGAAAGAGGACCGGUUGUCUAAAGGUAAAUCUGAGGACAAAGAAUGGACUGGAAAGGAGGUACAGAGGGGCAAUAAAGAAGAGAAAUCUAAAAAGACCAGGGAGUCUACCAAGGAGAAGGCUGGCAAAGAGGAACGGGACAAAGUGAUAAAAUCUGAAAAGGAGAGGGGCAUCAAGGACAAAGAAAAGCCCAAGGAAGAGAAGCAGAAAGUCCACAAAGAUGAGAAAAAGAAGAAAUCCAAGGAUAAGUCCUCUAAACCUGAUAAAAAAAUUGAACUUAAAGAAGAGAAACAUUUUAAAUCUGAGAAGGAGAAAAGUUCCAAGGAGGAAAAGGAAAAGUCAAAGAAAGACAAGGUGCUGAAGGAGGAGCCAGACUACGAGGAGUAUGAUAUUAAAAAUCAUUUUUUAGAGGACACCAAACUCAGCCCCUCAGACGAUCCCCACGACCGGUGGCAGUCAGACCUUUCCUCAGAUUCCCUUUAUGGGGAUGGAGAAGACAGCUGGGACACUCCAGUCAAGGAAUACAAAGACUAUAAGGCAAACAACACUGUCAAACUGACUGUGGAGACUGUGGUAAAAGAAGAAAGCCGAGAUCGAAAAAAGGAGAACAAAGUUAAGGACAAAAAGUCAGAUCACGGGGAUAAGCGCUCAGAGAAAGACACCACAACUAAGAAAAAAGAAAAAGACUCCUCUGAAAAAGUCAGUGAAAAGAAAAAGGACUGGACUGAUAAACAGAAACUGAACUCCAGCUACUCAGAAAAAGAGAAGAAGCGAAAGGAGGGUACGGAGGUUGUCAAAGAUAGGAAGGAAAAGGAUUCAGUCAAUGUCAACAGAGACAGGAAAGACUCUUUUGAAUUCUCUAAAGAGAGGAAAGACUCCAAAACUAAAGUGGAAUCCAUGAGAGAUGAAUAUGGAGGGGAGUCCUUUUUCAAAGACAAAUCUGAGAGUGAAACCACUGGCAAAUUAGAUCUCAGGGAGAGAAACCACUCUGGCAAGGAGAAGAAAGGGGAUGGAGUGGAGAAGAAAGAAAAAUUAAAAGGAGAAAAACACAAGGACAAGCCAAAAGACAGAAGCCAAGACCAGGAAAAGGAGAAGACUGAUAGAAGCUCCAUGGAAAAAGUUAUCAAGGAGAAAGACCCUGACAGAAGCUCCAAGGAAAAGAAGGAGGGAGCAAAAGACAAACACAAAGACUCCCAUAAUAAAGACAAAGAACGCAAAGCGUCAUCGGAUCAGAGUAAAGACAAGAAAGAAAAGGUCUUGCUGGAAAAACAUAUUGACCGGGACAAAGAGUUCCUAGAGCUGAAAAAGGAGGAACGAAAACCUGAGAAGAAGGAGAAGACAUGGUACAAAAUCGAAGACAUCUUCACAGAUGAGAGUGAAGAUGAGGAUGACGACUACAAUGGGGGUGUGGCCAAAUUGAGCGACUCGCUUAGUCUGUCAGACUGCCACCGAAAAGACUCAACUCCUGACGUGGAUGAGUUAGACCACUUCCAAGCUGAGAAACAUAGGAAAUAUUCUGCAGAUGUGAAGCAGCACUCCACAGACAAACAGAAAGACAAGGAGCAUAAAGAAAAGAAGAAAGACAAGGCCUCAUUUGAUGCUGGGAAAGAAAGGAAGGGCUCCUUGGAAAAACACAAUAAAGAUAAAAAGGAUAAGGAGUCGGCAGAUGCGAAACACAAAGAUCGCAAAGACAGAAUAUCAGUGGACUCAAAUCAGGACAAGAAAAAUAAGCAAAAACUUGUGGACAAGAGAGAAGUCAUUGAGGAGAAGGGCAAGAGUAAAUACAAAGAUAAGCAAGACCACCUGAAAGACCGAAAACCGUCCAAAGGGAGUGGUGAGACUGAGAAAUCAUUGCUGGAAAAGCUUGAGGAGGAGGCCAUGAAUGAUUACAAAGAUGACUCCAAUGACAAACACAGCGAGAUCUCAUCCGACAGUUUCACAGAUAGAGGCCACGAGCCAGUGCUUAGCAGUUUGUAUGACUCUUCCACCAUCAGCUCUCUUGACAUCACAGAGGAAAGAAGAGACUCCCUGUCCAUUACCAAUCCUCAGGACAAGUUCAGAGAAAAAGAGAGGAAUAGACACUCGUCCUCCUCCUCAUCCAAAAAAAGCCAUGAUAAGGAGAAGGACAAAAUCAAAAAGGAAAGAGGAGACAAGAGAGACAAAUCUGAGGAAAUUAGAGAAUGCUAUGGUCGCAGAGAAAGCUUACCCUAUGAGAAAGAACCUAUGCCACUGGAAGCUGAUCCUUACACCUUCCCAUUUGGGGCCAAGACAGAUGGAGAAGAUGAUUUUGAUAAGACUCUGGAAUUUGAAAAGGAGAUGUCCAAAAAGGCUGAUAAAGAUAAGGCAAGCAGUAUAAUCAGCAGUGACAAGAUUAAAGACAAAAAGAAAAAGGAGAAGCAUAAGGAGAAGGUGAAAGAGGAGAAGCAUAAAUACUCAGAUAGUUUUGGGACAUUCAGGCACUCCAAGGAAGAUCUGAAAUCUGGACUAAAGGAGAGCCCUCAGGUGACCAGUGUGAAGGAAAAGUCUAAAGAAGACAGUCCAAAAUAUGAUCCCAAAAUCAAAGAACGAAACAAGGACAUCCUGGACAAAGACAACAGAGUGGACUAUGGCAAGGUGAAGGUCAAAGAAGAGAUUGACAAACUCACUCCCACAUCCAAAGACACUGCUCGAAAAGACAGCCGUCCUCGUGAGAAACUGCUGGUUGAUGGAGAUCUCAGGCUGACAAGCUUUGGUCAAAUGCUCAGUUUAAAAGACCAAGAAGUGGAAGAGCGUCAUAAGAAACACAAAGAGAGGAUGAAACAGAUGGAGAAACUGAGACACAGAUCAGGUGACCCUAAACUCAAGGACAAAAACAAGACAAGUGAAGAACUGAAGAAGAAUCGUAAUGACCUGUCCUCUAAAAAAUCAAGCUCUCUGGAAUCUGCAUUGAAAGAGAAGAAACUCAAAGAUGUUGGUCUUCCACCUCAAAUUAUGUCGCCUGAUAGAAAGUCCCAGCCAUUGGACAGUCAAAACUCAAAGGACUGGCUAGCUGGUCAUCAGAUGAAGGAGAAUCUUCCUGCCUCCCCGAGGCCUGAUCAGAACAGACCAACAGGAGUUCCCACUCCCACAUCAGUGAUCUCUUGCCCUAGUUAUGAGGAAGUCAUGCAGACUCCACGCACCCCAUCCUGCAGUACAGAGGAUUAUCCUGAAAUUGUGUUUGAAGACCCCUCUGUGAAUGCCUGCUCACCAUCUUUCUUUGACAGGUAUUCUAAUUCAUCUCUCAACUACCAAGAGACCACCUGCCUCACCCCAGCUAAAAAUCUUCAGCUUCCACUGGUUAGGCGGUCUGCAUCUUGUGAUGUUAGAAGACCUCUGGAAGAGGAGUUCAAGGCAGAGGCAGACAAAUUCCCUCGAUCGCAGAGUGCCUCUGGCGCUGCUGAAUACGAGUCAUCUGCCUCCUAUCCUCCUGAAGACAAGCUUGACAGACUUGUCUGUCCGUCUCCUCCUUACUUCUCUGCUCCCAUUGAAAUGCUUUCGCCGAGGCCAGACUCAUCCCAACACCUGCCAGAUGGAUCCUCAUCGAAUGCUGUUACUGAAACAGAGCACCAGACAGACAACAUUUACAGCAACUUCCUGCCAAACCCCUCAACUCCAGUCCACAGACCAGAUCCCCAAGAGCCAUGUCUAGACAUUGCUGCUCCGCCAACCCCUGCUCCUGCAGCUCUGCCUCCCAUGGACAUUGAUGAUAUCUCAGAGCCUCCCCAGAGUGAGCCCAGGCUGUUGCCAUCAGACCCAGUCAGUGGGAGCGAUUACCUGCCCCUUGUUGUUGAGGAUCCAGAGGUGGAGGAUGAAGAAGAAGAGGAAGAGGAAGAAGAUGAACCUAACGAGGAGGAAGAUGACAGAGAUGAUGAUGAUGAUGAUGAUGUAGAGGAUGUUGCAGAGGGCGAGCAUUCUGAGGAGAAAAUCAUUCAGUCCACCGAGGACCGACCAUUCUCUCCAGGAAUUGAAGAUUCCCUGAAAAAGAACUGGCCCGAGUCUCCAGACAGGACCGAUGCAGAAAUACUUCCGGUGACACCUACCCAUCCACCUGUCAGCAUUACAGAGAACCCCUGUGACCAAGCCUUGAGCUGGAAUCCAGUGGUUGGUUUGAAAUCACCUCAGUCAUCCUAUGCUGAAGUAGAAGCAGCGGUUUCGAAGAUCAGCAGCCCAUUCCACCACUCAGAUGCUGACCUACCGCACAUCCCUGUUCAUCCAUCAGUGACACCACCAUAUUCUGCUUAUCAAAGAUCUUACAGCUCCCCACACGAUGAUGAGACUGAGUAUGAUGCUCCUAAAGAGGCAGUGCAUGACCUUCCAUCACCCAAAAGUCCUGUACCAGAACCCAUGGAGCCUGAAACAAACUAUAUGGCAUCAUCCUCUACAACACAUAUUGAGUCCUUCUUUCCAGAUUGCAAACCCAGCAUGGAGGAUGAUCAGCUUCACACAGAGCCUCCAUGUGUGACACAAGAGAACAGACUGGAGACUCUCAGCUACCCUGCUGAGGAUACUAUGGCCCCUGCAGUCAGCCAUGAGCCUGUGGUGCCUUGGGCAGACCCAUUCUCCGCUGCAGUGGACGAGCUGGGACCAUUCUCUCUCCCAGAUCUUCCAUUCCCAGAGAAAGGAAUAACGGAGCCUGUAUUAAUGGACCCUGUGCCAGCAGAACAUCCCCAUCCAGGAAAUCUAAUUAAGCCAGAGAGAGCCUUGGAAGCCAGAGAGGAAGAGCCUGAACUCAUGGAAGUAGACUUGCCAGAACUGGCCAAGUCACCAUGUUCACCAGUUUUGGCUCCACCUGAAGCUUCUCAGGAUUCAGUGUUCACUCCACAUGAGGGUGAAUACAGAUCUGAGAUGGAGCUAGAGCCUGAGCCUGAGCCUGAGCCUGAGCCAGAGCCUGAGCCUAUGCUUGAGCCUGAGCUUGAGCUUGAGCCAGAGCCAGAUGAGCCAGAGCUUGAGCCAGAGCUUGAGCCAGAGCUUGAGCCAGAGCCAGAGCCAGAGCCAGAGCCAGAGCCAGAGCGCAUGCAGGAAGAUGACUUGAAAGAGGCAGUCCAUGAAGAACCUGCCACUUUUAGUGAGAGGACUGUCAAUGAUGGGACUAUGCUGUUUUCCAGAACUCUCACUGAAAAUGACCAGGAUUAUGGAGAAAAAGAAUUAUCUUCUGAAAUGUCCCCCUCUGCUUCAGUGGGGAGUCUGGAGUUGAAGCCUGAGCAGAGAAGUGUCACACCGACUUUGAUGGUGAGUGCAUCUAGUAGUCCUCACCACUCUCCUUUGGUCACAGCUGCUGUUACCACCUCUUGUACAGUACAUGUGACAGAAGUUGCUGACGCUUCCGCGAAACUGACGGUGUCUGUGACUGAAACAUCUGAGGUCUCCAAGAAGGUGGAGGAGAUUGCGCCGAGAAUGACCCGCACCCGAGCCCAGUUGCUUGCCAUCCAGAACAAGCAGCAGAACACAACUGUCAGCCCUGUUAGUGUGGCACCGUCGUCAGCCGCCUCAUCAGUCACCACAGCUGCUGUUCUCACCACCCAGACCACGGUGUCCUCCUUACCUACGGAGAAAGAGAAGGAGCCCAUCAGCACCUACACGCCACCGAGCACCACACCAGCCGCUCCUGCUGUGACCAAAACCAAGGGACGGCCUGUGGAGGACGAGGACUCCCAGGUCCAGCACCCACGCAAGAGGAAGUUUGCAAAAUCUGGCCCUGCGCCGGUGCAGGUCCAGCUGGUGAACACGGCCAUGCAGCAGACGAGGGAGAUGAUUCAGCAGACGCUGGCAGUCAUAGUGAACGCCAUCAAGCUGGACGACAUCGAGCCCUACCACAGCGACCGCUCAAACCCGUACUUCGAGUACCUGCAGAUCCGCAAGAAGAUCGAGGAGAAACGAAAGAUCCUGUGCUACAUCACGCCCCAGGCCCCUCAGUGUUACGCAGAGUAUGUGACCUACACCGGCUCCUACCUGCUGGAUGGAAAGCCUCUCAGCAAACUUCACAUCCCCGUGAUUGCUCCGCCCCCAUCUCUGACAGAGCCCCUCAAGGAGCUCUUCAGACAGCAGGAGGCUGUAAGAGGGAAGCUGAGACUGCAGCACAGCAUUGAGCGGGAGAAGCUGAUUGUCUCCUGUGAACAGGAAGUGCUGAGAGUGCACUGCAGAGCAGCCAGAACGAUAGCCAAUCAGGCUGUCCCGUUCAGUGCUUGUACCAUGCUGCUGGACUCUGAGGUGUACAACAUGCCAUCUGAAAGCCAGGGGGAUGAAAACAAGUCGGUGAGGGAUCGCUUCAAUGCUCGCCAGUUUAUUUCCUGGAUUCAAGAUGUAGAUGACAAGUAUGAUCGGAUGAAGACGUGUCUGCUGAUGCGCCAGCAGCACGAGGCCGCUGCCCUCAACGCCGUGCAGCGAAUGGAGUGGCAGCUCAAGGUGCAGGAGCUGGACCCUGCCGUGCAUAAGUCCCUGUGCGUCAACGAGGUCCCCUCCUUUUACGUGCCAAUGGUGGACGUCAAUGACGACUUUGUGCUGCUGCCGGCGUGACAGGAAAGCCGAUUGCACCCGCAGAGUGUGUGCAGCUUCUCUCAAUCUUAACCCUUUCGUAGAGACCAGACCGAACAUAUGGUAAGGGCUAGCUGGUUUGAAGAGGAGGAUACUUUUCUUUGAGGAAAAAAAAGCAAAACCUAUAUAUUAUAUAGUUAAAGAUGAAAAAGAACUUGCUAUUGAUUUCUUUUCCACUGUACAAGUGGGAAGCGUCUUUUUAAACCGGGGGAAAAAAACACACACAACUUGCACUUUCAUCCUUCAAGUUUUUAUGCUUUUUUUUUUUGGGGAUGUAAGGAAGCAACACAGCUUUGCUCUGAAGCUUGCCCACCUCAUCCCCCCUCUGAUGACGCGAGGAGCAACACGGGGCAGAUAGAGGGACAAACAAAGUAUUUUUCUUCAAUUUUAUUUUUAAAUACUUUAAAAACUAUUCGACGAGAAAAGAUUGCAGGAGAGAAGCCCUCAACCCACCCGUUUGGCACAGUGGUGGACAAGGAACUUCAGGGCUAGCCAGGAAAGGCUAACGGGGAAGCAAGACAGACAUGUUAAAGGUGCAGAAAGCAGUUUUUGUCAAGCUAAUGAAAAAAAGCAAACAGAAACGCUCAUACAGACUGAGAGGCUUGUAGGAGGCACCUUUAAACUCUCCUUGCUCUUUCUUUUCCUGGAGAGGGUGAGCCUGUGUGGACACAUAUGACCACGUGAUGUGGUAGCACUCCCUGCUCUCCGUGCUCCAGCCAGGGCUGCCUCGGAGUGGACGCAGCGGAGUCCAGCAGCAGAAUCCUGCGCCAGGGCCCGAGUCAAGAGUGGCAGCGUGCGGGGGCCUACGUGUCAGGGGCUGCAGCGGGGGCCCAUGGACGAAAGACUGACUACAGCACGAGGGGCACGGCCAGCCAGCAUGAGACCCAAAGAGCCCCCUGCUGCCUCCCUCUCUCUCCCACUCAACAGAAGAAGCCCACCAUCUGGGCCUGCACGUGGGGGAGGCCUCGGCCUUUGGCAGCCUCCACAAGCCCCAGCCCCAUAAUGCCUGCGCAUAACCUGCAAAUGACUGCAUAAGGAGAAAAACAACAACAACAACAACAAAAAAAACGAGGACAACACGUUAUACAAAAGAAUGUUUUAAAAUCAAGAGGCAUAGACUUCUAAAAGAUGGUGUUUUAGUGGAGAAUAUUCUUUUUUUGUCUAUUUCUUUACUUGGGCAUUUCAUUGUUUCUCUUUCUGAGGACGUGACUUGAAACACUACAGAGCCAACAUUAGUUUAAUGGAAAAAAAAUAAGAAAACUGAAAAAAAAAUUGUAUUCCGUAAAUGAUGUACAGUUUUUAUAUUCGUUAACCAAUGUAUUCUCGCUGCCUUCUAGAUAAUUUAUUUUGCCACACAUUACUGCACAGUUGUAAAUAAAUUAUGUACUGUAACAUCACUCAGUUAAGUGUAAAAAAAUAAAUGAAUAAAAAUUAUCUUUGUAUGUACAGUUCACUUUUGGGCAGCACUCCCCCUACCCUAGCAUCCCUCCCACGGGCCAAAAUGUGUACGCAUUGUCAGUAUGUAGAAGACUCUUCAGUCCAUGGCCCCGAAAGGCCUGGCCAAGGUCCGGCUGGAAGGUGCCCUUGGCUGACAUCAGAAGUCAUUGUUAUUGAGCUAACCCCCUCCACUGUCCAGUGGAGACUCCUAGUAAAGGGCCACUACCAUAGUCCUGAGAUGUAGCAGUGUGGUUACUGAAUUAUUUAAGAGAAAAAAAAUAGAGGUAUUUUAUUCAUUGCUUUAUUAUAAAACUAUCUUAUCUUUGGAGAAAAAAAAAUAAAACCGAGAAAAUGCCUUUUUACAGUCAACAUUUUGAUUUUUCUCAUACGCUGCACAAGUGAACUAAAUAGGAACAUCAGGCAAUAUCAUCACCCCAACUGAAUCUCAUUCAGAUUUGAAUAUUGUCAUGAUCAAUUCAGUACAUUGAGAAAUAUUACUUUUAUUUCAGUGGCAGCAUUAUUAUCACUUUUUUCUUUUAGUGUUCCUUCAUCUUCUGGUCUAGACUUGGCAGGAGUCUGUGAAAACCUCAAUAGCUUUAACUUGCAGCUUAAUAGCAAAAUAAUAGUUUAAAGUCCCCUGAUUAUUUCUCUGGCACAUCAUUUUAACUGUAUGAAUGGGCAGACCAUGUUCAAAGAUUCCAUUUGGGAGCUAGCAGAGUUACAUCCAUUCGAUGUGAGGUUUUUAACAGGUUAUUCUUAUAGGCAAUAUUACUUGCUUGUGUUUUUCUUUUCCCAAAGGAUUCAUUCAAGCUUCUGUUUGAUCGUAGAAUAGCAAAUCUAUCAGUGUUUGUUAUAGUUACAAAUAAAAAUGAAUUUGCUUAAGUCCUGGUUAUUGCCCAAGUGGAAAGGAUUUUAGGUUUCUGCCUCUGUAAGAACACUGUAAAAACAAAGAAAGGCUCAAUGUGUCAAUCAGAAAUAAACAGUCAUGUUUGAUAUUUUUGCUCAGUUGAACAAUUUGGAAAAACAAGCCUUUCGUUUUCGUGUCCUCGAAAAGCUUUUAAUGCCUCUGAACCUAUCCAACCGUGUAUAAGCAGGCAAAUUUACCCCAACCCUCGUGUUAAAUCACCUAAGUGGUGGAUUUUUGACGGAGAGUACUUCUUUACGAUCACCAUGUGUGUGUGUGUUUGGGUUUUUACUUAUUUUGUGCCCCUUCCUCAGAUAUUCCCUGAUGCUGUGCUCUGUUGUCCUUGAUGAUAAUGUGCACCCUGUCCUGGAUUUGUAUGCUUUGCCUAGAGCCAAGAGACUUGUUCUCGUAUCUUAACAUCAUAAUGACCCUCUGUUCAAAGCAGAGCUGUCUGGCAAACUAAGUAAGGACAGUGAUGCAGACAGAUGGUUGAGAAGUAGUCACGCGUUGAUUUUAAUGGACCUUUAAGUUCAAAUAGCCAGCUUGUGCUUUCUGGCAAACUAAGUAAGGACAGUGAUGCAGACAGAUGGUUGAGAAGUAGUCACGUGUUGAUUUUAAUGGACCUUUAAGUUCAAAUGGCUAGCUUGUGCUUUUUUUGCUGUUCUUUUUUUUCAUUUUUCGCUUCUCAUUUCUUAUCCUGCUUUUUAGUAUUGUUUUUUUUCCACCUUUGCUUGUUAGCUGCCUGUCAUGUAGUGUGAGUCCUUGUGUUGUUCGUUUUGGGCACCAUCCUGAUUUUUUCUUUCUUUCUUCUGUUUAUGUUGUGAAGUUGUGACACGUUUGUGUAUGUAUGCGAAUCUUGUCUGGUUGCAACAGGUGUUAGCUAUUUCUGCAAUGUCUGACUAAAGCCUUGGUCUUUUUGUACAAAUGAGUACUACUCAAAGGAAAAUACAGUAGUCUUCACUCACGCCAAAACCAACUCUAUAUUCUAAAUCUAAAACAGCUUUCAGUGUUUUCGGAAGCAUUUUAAUGAAUCUUACAAUUUGAUAUUUUUUUGCUUAUUGGUUUCAUAAUUUGCGUUUGGUUGCAAGAAGAUCCUUGUGUUUCCAAAUGGUACAUUCAGUGUUUGCUGUUGUCUUGUGGAUCAUUUUUUCCUUCAUAAAACAUAACUUACAGUGGCAUGUCAUUAACUUGGAUUAUGAUCGGAAUGUCUUCGGUUUGUAAUGCCCCAUGCGCUCUCACUAUUGUUUACAAAGUGACUUUUGUGGUUCUAUUCAGUUGUUCAAAGCCCUGCCUUUUUAAAAUGCUUUAUUUUGGUCAUCCCUGCCCCUUCCUUCAAACAAAGGCUUGAAAUUAUGAUCAUGGCGCCAUUCCACAUCAUUGUUCUUCGAUGCGUUGAAAGGAUUCAUUCAUUUUUUUCUUCUUUUUUGUUUCAAAUGUGGUGUGAAAAUCUGUGACUCCAGGUGUAAGGUCAGGGCUUUCCUCUUGCAGUUAGAUACUCACGUAUCUGCUCACUUUUUAAUUGCAUAUUUUAGUUGCCGUUCCUAUACACAUACACAUAUAUACACACACACAGUUUUGCUUUGUUUUGAUUGAGCUGCUGCUGCUGCUUAUUCAACACACACACACACACACACACACACACACAAAUGCACGUAGACAAAUAAGGCUAACAGUGAAGCACUUAGAGUACUUAUGACCAAGCCAAUGACCCAGGACCUAGCUAGCCACUGACCUCUCAAUCCACAACACGUUACCUCUACUUACACAUAGACAACUCAGUUUGCUCAUUUGUUUUCAUCUUGUGUAAAAAUACAUGAUUAUAUUUAACAGAAGUCACAAUUUCAAGCCUUUUUUCCUCUCCAUUUAAAAUGAACAGUAGCUGUUUCUUUAACAAAAAAUGGACAAUGACUAAUACAAAAGCAUGGGGAACUACUCUAUAAAAUGGUGAGAAAUAACCUAUUUAUUAUCUUUCUUACACCUGUGGUAUGUUUGAGUGGAAGGUCUCCGCUGUGUAAAUUUCCCUCUUUUAAUGCGUGAAACGAGACUUUUUUUUUUUUUUCCCUUUUUUUGUACAUAGCUGUAAAUAUUCUCUCCCAGGACGUUUUGCACCCUCCUCUUUGUACUUGUCAAAACUUGCGUAGAAUGUGGGGUUCCAGCAGCAACACAACCAGAGCGCUCGUGGUGGGUGAUGUAACAAUGUAACUUCUUUUUUUUGUACAAUGUUAGUUGAAUUGUGUACAUAUUGUUGGAGCAGCUAUGGGAGGGGGGGUUUGUUGAUGCUAUCGUCAGUGCUGUCAAAACGAUCCAGUACAUUCACCUCUAGCUGUGUUGAUUUCCUGCAAUUCAAAAAGCAAGAAACUUAAAAAUAAAAAAUGGAGAAAAAAAACUAAUGGAUAAGUAAAAAGUGAAAAAAAAAAUUGUUAUUUUCUACAGUUGCAUGUACAGAGAGCGCGAGAACUGCUGUUGUUCCUAAGAGAUUAUGUUCGUAAAUAAAUUUUUGAAAUAUG